CAAUUAAGUAGUGUGUGAAGCAGGUGAAUAAAAUGCUGCAGUGUACACUGUUGCUUGUAAAGAUGCCAAGGGACUGUUCCUUCCACGAUGAGCAGGAUGAAGAUUUCUAUUCAGAUGAGCUUUUCUGUCUCAGGAAACAAAAGAUGAUUGCAGACUCUCCAAAGGAAGGAAGCAACUGGAAGAUGUAACUCAGGACCUCUAGUGUGUCUCUCAGGAAUUGCUUAAUAUGUUACUGCCUUUUGAUGAGUAACUAAAUUGACAGACCUUUCAUUUUUCAGUUCAAAAUGUCUAAUUCUUUCAGUCUGUUUUCUUCUAAGAUUAAAGAUGAAACAAGGGAAAAAAAAAAAGGACCAAGAUAAAGGCAGGUAUGGUCAAUCUUCCCAAUUAAGAUCCUGAACUACUGUACUAAGGGAAGAAUGGAUGCAGAAAAGUGGAGGAAUACAGUUAUAAAAUGGGCCAUUCACAGAGUCCCAACACAGCUUGGCCCCAACUGGCCCAUGAGUCAAAACAACUCACACCUGAAUCCAAUCAGGCAAUCACCUUUGGGUAAACAAUCUCCAAACACAUUCCACACAUGAGCACAACACAGGAGAAGCAAAUGAGGAUACAGCAUGCUUGUAAGAAAGCUGUGCAGUAAUACCAGUUUAAAGGCCAACACAAUUCAUGCACCACCUUAGAGAAGGCCCUGGCCUUGGACUUGUACUUCAACAUGAAGGAAAAUUUCCCUCUGGACAGUGACACUCUCCCACAUCCAGUCAGCCAGUCUGGGUUUGAGGUCGAAUCGAGACCAUGAAGUGCCUGCUGCUUCUCGCCUUUAUUGGGGUGGCUGUUGCCUUCCCCACCUUUGCUGAAGACGAUGAUGACAAGAUUGUGGGAGGCUACACCUGCGCAAAGAACUCUGUGCCCUAUCAGGUGUCCCUGAAUUCUGGAUAUCACUUCUGUGGAGGUUCCCUCAUCAGCAGCCAGUGGGUCCUGUCGGCUGCUCACUGCUACAAAUCUCGCAUCCAAGUGCAGCUCGGGAAACACAACCUGGAGCUCACCGAAUCCACACAGCAGUUUAUCAACUCUGCUAAAGUCAUCCGCCACUCUGGCUUCAGCUCCUACACCCUGGACAAUGACAUCAUGCUCAUCAAGCUGGCCACCCCAGCCACUCUCAGCAAUGCUGUCCAAACCGUUCCUCUGCCUACCAGCUGCGUGGCCGCCGGCACCACCUGCCUGAUCUCCGGCUGGGGCAACACUCUCAGCAGUGGCACUAACUACCCGGACCAGCUGCAGUGCCUGAAGGCUCCGGUCCUCACCGCCGAGCAGUGCUCUGAUGCCUACCCUGGGCAAAUUACCAAGAACAUGAUGUGUGUCGGAUACGUGGAGGGAGGAAAAGACUCCUGCCAGGGAGAUUCCGGCGGUCCCGUGGUCUGCAAUGGACAGCUCCAGGGCAUUGUCUCCUGGGGUUAUGGAUGUGCCCAGCGGGGCUAUCCCGGAGUUUACACCAAGGUUUGCAACUACGUCUCCUGGAUCCGGUCCACCAUGGCCUCCAACUGAGACGCUUGUUUGGUGCAACCUGUAUUUUCUCAUCAUCAUUUCUGUGCUUUUGGGU